GACUGAUUGUUUGUGUUUUUAUGUGGAUUCUUAGUUUCGUGUCUGAAAGGUUCGAAUGAGUUCCAUAAAAAUGCUUUUACUGACUUUACAGACUUUUUCACUGAAAGUUUUUCAUAGAUUUAUAUCUUAGGGCUUGUGGGAAAGCAGAAUCAGAACUUUUAUUUACUCAAGUGUCGUGGCGGGGGUGGGGAGAUUGACAGCAGGGAGGGGCUCUCCCUCUCCCUCCCUGAGGCGCGCGUGUUCCGCUGCAGAAACGUGCCUCGAAAGCUCGGAGUCGGAGGCUGUCAUCCGCCUCAGAACUGGCUGUGAGAAGGUGAGGAGUUCAGCUCAGAGACACGCUCGACCAAAGCCCCGACACCCCCGCUCAGCCCCCCCGCUGGCGUCGCCUUCUGUCGGCCAUGGAGCUGGGACGCACCGUUCGGAACUUUUGGAUUUUCAGUUUCCUUUUGGGCUCAGCUGCAGCCAAAGUCGAGACGCAUCACACCCACUCAACACUGGGAGUUUCCGUCGCCCACUUGCACUACUACUGUCCUCAGGGUUCAAAUGCUAAACUGGUGUGUGUCCAGAAAGGAGACGUCAAGUCCCCCAAGGAUGUUCUGAAAAGAAGCUGGUUAUUCACACCUCACAGUGACAAACACUGUCAAAAUAAUGUUGGCCCACGACACACAAACCCUCAUCAUUUUGACAAAAACCACACCACGGGGGCAGGACUGGAUUUCGGACACACAGGUGACCACAUGUGGGUCACCCUCCAUAAUGUGACGAGUGCAGACCAGGGCCGCUACUGCUGCCUGCUCCUGGACUUAAAGAAUGAAAACAAGCAUUUGAGUGUCGAGCAGAGCACUCACAGCCACCUCAUCCUUCACGUGACACCAUGGAGAGCAGGGUCUCCAAACUGCACAGUCUGGGAUCUCUCCCCCCCUGAAGGCUCUGUUCCGGUGGCCUUGGCUUUAGCCGCCUGCAUACUGGCUCUACUCUCUCUGCCUCUGGUUCUGGUGCUGGUCUACAAACAGAGGCAGAACUCCCAGUCAAGCAGACGUGGUCAAGAGCUGGUGAGGAUGGACAGUGAGGGUCAAGGUCAUGAGAACCCGGUCUUUCUGGGGGAGCCUCAGGCAAAGAGCCGCACCGUGUCCCAGAUCAUGACCAGACAGUCGUCUGAGACUGGAUGCCAUUUGUUGUCUGACCCUGGUACCCCCCUGUCCCCCCCUGCACAUGGGGACGUAUUCUUCCCAUCUGAAGACGUCAUUCCAGAAUCCCCAGACCUUCUGCAGUGAAACCUCUUUCAUCGCUCUCAAAGCUGAUUUAAAUAAUAAAAAAAAGGGCUGCGAUUGUCUUCCUCUUCUCUCUGUCCUAAGAGCGACGCCGCCUUUGCGAGCCGCCUCACCUCUGCUGGGAUUGUCGUCUGUAUUUUGUCUGGACUCCAGGAGGGAGCACCACAGCAUUUUUCAUUCACCUCCACCUGCAACAACAGCUGCAGGCCAACAGAGGAUCUGAGCUUUUUUAAAAUCAGACAUUUCUUCAGAAUGCUGGGAAUGGUCUUUCUCCUGCUUGUGAUGAACCCUUUGAUGGCUGCUGAGGAUCGAGACGUCCUGCCAUGUGGACGAACGAUAGUCUAAACUCCUUCACAGUAACUGAAGGAGUAGGCCUGUCUGUAUGACAGAAACACACAGAAGAAGAGCUACCAAAGAAUAUUUGCUGGAAAUAAUUUUUAAAAAGUGUUGUUUUGAGGAUAAAACGCGGCACAGAAAACAUAAUCGAGGUUAGAAAUGGGCAUCAUUCUCGUCUGCUUUUGAGUCUUUACAAAAUGAAAACAACUCCUUUUGAAGGUGAACUCAGGAGCCACUCCUCUUGGAUAUGUCACUAUAAUUUACAUUAAAUGAAGCACACCAGUGCAAAUUUAUUACAGAAAUAUUUGUACAAAAUGAAUAUGUUUGCCUUGAAUCAAACUUUUUAGUUUUUUCUUGACUCUACUUCCUUUUCUCGCUUUAACACCUUCUUUAUUUUUUCUUCUCCUUUACUGAAAACCUAUUCCUGCUCUGUUUUCUGUACUUAAGUGCCAACAGUUACUUUUAUUAUUAACGUUUUGUGAUUUUUUUUAUUGCUCUUAUUAUUUACAGUGGAACAAAACUUUGUGAAAGUUCAAUCAGUGGCAUUACAGCUUUUUCUCCUUUGGGUGUGUAAUACAUGUCUCAGUGUGCAGUGAUAGUGGUCAGAAUGUAGUAAACAAAUGUGUGAUAUCAGACUGUAUCUGUGUGGACUGACUGCAGAUGAUUGUGGAUUGAAUCAGAUCGAAGUGGAAAAUAGUAGAAAUCCUCUCCAGAAUAACGUGUAGCAUGAACAAAGCCGAGCAUUCAGACUUUUUAUGUUCUGCUUGAGUCUUUAUGUUUUUUGUCUUUUUGUGAAUAUUUUUCUAAAUCCUUUGUUCAGGAUGUUUAUCCGUGCACUCGUGAGCUGCAGGACGCUGGUGUCCAAGCUCAGACGUGACCUUGUUUGAACCAUGUUUUAAACUGUCUUUCUCUUGGCUUGUGAAAUAAAAAGCUGCUUUUCAGCCUUG